GCCGGGGACCUCGCCGGCGGCCUUCUUUUUCUCUCAUUCGGUUUGGGCUUAAAUGCUCUAGCCCAACACGACGUGCCGUCCAGCCUAACCUAAUCAAAUCCAACAACCAAGUAUCAGACUUUGGAUUUCCUCUUUCUUUUUUUUUUUAACAUCAUAAUAAUAAAUUGGAGCGGAAGCACACAGCAUACACUCUCGCUCCCUCUCCCAUUUUUCCAAAUCAGAAUCUCAAUUGCUUCAACCCAACUUAUUUGUUACUCUCUCUUUCCUUCCUUCCCAUUAUUACCCUUUCAGAUUCCCACUGCUUCUUCAGUUGAUCUGCAGGUUAACCUACCUCUUCUUCUUCUUCUUCUUCUUCCUACCUUUCCUUUAUCAUUAGAUCCGAUCAGUCUCUCUAUCCUUUUUCUUUUAAAACAUAGAUUUAUUCAAACAUCUUACUUUCGUUUAUUGGUCAACUGAGAGGUAUCGCAUUUCCGUCUCCUUAUCUAAUUUUGUCCUCAGGGACUGGGACUCAGCUGUGGCAUACGUCUCUACUGGAGAAGCUUAUUAAACUCGGUCCGUUUGGAUUUAGAUUAAUACCAUUGAAACUUGUGUGCUCUGUUUUAUGAAGACAUUGAUACAGUAUCUAUAGCAAGGCUUUUGGUGUGUGUAAACAACAGCCAAAAUGAUCAUCAACAAGCCUCUCGUUUUGACUUAUCUCUACCUUUUGAUCUACAUUCUGCUCUCUUCCACCGUAAUCUUGUAUAACAAGUGGGUCCUUUCACCAAAAUAUUUCAACUUUCCUUUACCCAUCACUCUCACAAUGAUCCAUAUGGCGUUUUCAGGGGUAGUCGCCUUUUUUCUUGUUCGUGUAUUCAAGGUCGUUGCACCAGUGAAGAUGACUUUUGAAAUAUAUGCAACAUGUGUAGUACCAAUAAGUGCCUUCUUUGCUGCAAGUCUUUGGUUUGGUAACACUGCUUAUUUGUACAUUUCGGUGGCCUUCAUCCAGAUGCUUAAAGCUUUGAUGCCAGUGGCGACUUUUAUCAUGGCUGUUAUGUGUGGCACUGACAAAGCAAGAUGUGAUGUAUUCUUAAACAUGCUGCUGGUCAGUGUUGGAGUUGUCAUCUCCUCAUAUGGGGAAAUUCAUUUUAAUGUUGUUGGCACAGUUUACCAAGUCACUGGAAUCUUUGCAGAAGCACUUAGGCUGGUUUUAACCCAAGUUCUUCUUCAGAAAAAAGGCUUGACCCUAAAUCCUGUUACCAGCUUAUAUUACAUAGCUCCAUGCAGCUUUGUCUUUUUGUUUGUGCCUUGGUAUUUAUUGGAGAAGUCUGAGAUGGAAGUUUCACAGAUUCAGUUCAAUUUCUGGAUCUUCUUCUCCAAUGCUCUUUCUGCACUGGCCUUGAACUUCUCAAUAUUUUUAGUGAUUGGUAGAACUGGAGCAGUUACCAUAAGGGUUGCUGGUGUUCUAAAAGACUGGAUACUGAUAGCCCUAUCGACUAUUAUAUUUCCAGAGUCCACAAUAACGGGGCUAAAUAUAACUGGCUAUGCAAUUGCGCUUUGUGGUGUUGUUAUGUACAAUUACUUGAAGGUUAAGGAUGUACGUGCCUCUCAGCUGCCUGAAACUAUUCCAGAAAGAAUUACAAAGGAUUGGAAGUUGGAGAAGAAGUCAUCUGAUAUAUUCACUCCUACCAACAACAGUGAUAACAAUGGAGUUGGUGGAGGUGGUAUUUCUUCUGACUUAAAGGUUGACGAAGAAGCUCCUCUAAUAUCAUCAAGGCUGUCGCACAUCGGUCGUUCACAACUAAGCAACCAUGCUGCAUGAUUUUUGGAUGUCCAGUAAAAGAUGUGGAACAUUUUUAUAUCUUGAAAGAGAGAAGAAGCAAAACAGCAAAAGGAAGCCAGUUAUAGCACGGUGUGCAUCCUCAUAACAUCCAGAGAUAUAUAUAUAUAUAUAUAUAUUUUUUUUUUCGAUUACUUGUUGUCUCCUCCAUUACACUAUCAUCUCCACCAUGCAAAAGUGAAUGGGCAAGUAAAUUGUAACUAUAUAUAGUACACGGACGCAUCAUUUUCUUGUUAUAGUUGCAGAUGGUAGCUUAGGACCCAAUUUCUGGGUGAACAAGCUCACCUUGAUGUAAUCAUUUGGAUACUGUCUUUUUUUGGCUAGUCUAUGACUAUAGGUCUUUUGUCCAGCUGAACUAGAGUCGGAUGUUGGGAGCAGCGGUUCAUAACUUUGUUAUUUUUCUUUUGCAAUUAAAAUUGCUCAAUCUUAAGCGUUGGAUUA